CCGUCUCCCCUACCCCCCCCGCGAUGAUGCUGUCUGCACGGGGGGUCUUGGGCCCCCCACUCGGCCUCUCCGCGCUGCCAAUCAAGCUGCUCGCGCUCCCCCAGGGUGGGCUGGACCCGCCUGCCGCGGGCCCCGAGCCGAUGGCCGCCCCCUUCCUGCCCCCUCCACCGCCCCCCCAGAACGGCUUGGGGGGCGACUUCGCUCAACAGCUGGGGGGGGGCUCUGCGAGCAGCCUCGCCCUCUACACGGCAGCCCCCCUCAAUCACGGCAACUCCACGGCAGCCGCGACCUCCGCUCACCACGGACUCUCCGUCCCCGGCACGGCAACGCAGCAAACGGAGGAUGAGUCGGCGCUGCCCCCGCCCCCGGCAGACGGUGGGGGCCCCCCCUCCCCCAAGGGGCAGCACAAGAGGCUCCACGUCUCCAACAUCCCCUUCCGCUUCCGCGACCCCGACCUCCGGCAGAUGUUCGGGCAAUUUGGAAAAAUCUUGGAUGUAGAGAUCAUCUUCAACGAGCGGGGGUCAAAGGGAUUCGGCUUCGUGACGUUUGACAGCAGCGGAGAGGCGGAGCAGGCGAGGGAGAAGCUGCACGGCAGCGUGGUGGAGGGGAGGAAGAUCGAGGUGAACAACGCCACAGCGCGGGUGAUGACGAACAAGAAAGCCGUGGCGUCGUUAAGCAACGGAUGGAAAGGGAACCCUGUGGUGAGCGCGGUGUACGCGCCAGAGAUCUACGCCGUGGCGGGCAUCCCCUUCCCCGCGGCCGCCGCCGCCGUCCCGGCCGCCGUCCCGGCCACAGCCGCAGCCGCCGCGGCCGCAGCGGCCGCCGCGUUCCGUGGGAACCACGCGAGGGGCAGGGCCCGGGCCGUGUUCAGCGCCCUCCGCGUGCCGCCCCCCACCAUGCCCGCAUACGGGGGAGUGGUCUACCAGGAUGGGUUCUACGCUGCCGACCUCUACGGCGGCUAUGCCACGUACCGCUACGCUGCCCCUGCCACGACCGCCUACAGCGACAGCUACGGACGCGUGUUCGCCCCGGCGGAGGCGUUCCAUCCGGCGCUGGGCCCCGCCGCCACCUAUGGGGUCAGCACCGUGGCGAGCCUGUACCGUGGAGCCUACAGCCGCUUCACGCCCUACUGACCCCGUGGGGGGGGGGGGGCACUCUCCCUCAACAUCACCCCAGCCCCCACCCCCAACUCCCCCUUCUCGGGGGAGCAGCCAUAGCAAUACACCGCCCCCCCCCCCCAGCACCUCGAUGGGUUGGAGGACGUUCCCAUGACGGGGCCAAAUCCGGGAAUAAUCUUUCAACGUUGGGACUGAAAGUGAAGGCCACGAGGAGGGGGGAGGCGGUGCCCCCCCUCCACCUCUCCCAGCUCCGUCCUUCACGUGAUGAACACGUGACCGGAUUUUAAUAUUUAAUUAAUUGUGGCGACAUCGUCAUCCACCACGGCGGGGGUCACGGGGUCAGCA